AUGGCCGAUGUCCCUCUGCAGGUCAUCUCAGAUAACGCCGCGGCGGAGCGGCGCGUCACCCCGUCAUGGACCAUCAGCCAGCUCAAGGGAAAGCUCGAAACAGUCACAGGCAUCCCCCCGUCGUCUCAAAAAUUGACACUCCAGGCGCCUGGAGGGGCGGAACGCGUCCCCAUUGACGCGGCAGAUGAGGACAGCAUCCGAUUGUGCACUUUCCCCCUGGCUCCCUACGCAGAGCUGCAUGUGGAGGACAUUCGACCCCCGGGCGCUCGCCCCAACUACACCGACACGUCUGGCAUCGACAAAUACGUCAUGCCCGAGCAAGAGUACGAGAAGAAGGUCGACUCGGUCCUAGCCUGGAAAAGGGCGCAGAAAUUGGGACGAUUUGACCCCGACGCCCCCGGGCACGAGCAAGCCAGGCUGGAUGCCGGGGAGCAGCAAGUGCUGCUCCGAGGCAUCCAGAUCGGCAAGCGCUGUCGCGUCGGCGGCGAGGACACGCGCCGAGGCGUCGUCCGGUACGUGGGUGAGGUGGCGGAGAUCCCUGGGGGCAGCGGGGCUUGGGUCGGAGUCCAGCUCGACGAGCCGGGGGGAAAGAACGAUGGCAGCAUUGCCGGCACACGCUACUGGGGAGAGGUCUCGGAGCUGAAGCACGGAGUCUUUGUGCGUCCUGAGCGGGUCGAGGUUGGCGACUACCCGCCCAUGGAUGAUUUGGAAGACAUGGAGGAGAUUUAG